CAGUAUAACAAUUUACUCGCUUGUAUUCUAAGGCAUAUUGUUAUUUAAUUUAGCAUUUAUAAGUUUCGUUCUUAUUGUUAUUUUUUAUUUUGUUCUUCACCAUUCGGUCUAAUAGCUUUGUUACCCAGCUGGAAGACGUAAUGACCAUGCUCCUCAAGAGCAUGUGGCGCGGUGUGAUCCGCGCGACGCCCAUGGUGCGGGCACCGCCAUCGCUGCCCGGUGGCACCAGCUCGCCGCGGGUCAGACCACCCCGUGGCUACACCACCACUGCUGUGACUGCGGAACCUCGCAGCGCGGACGCGGCCAUGGCGAGCAUUAAGGCGGCGGCAACGCCAGCCGCGGUGCUGGCCGCGGUGCAGGCCCAUUUGCCACAACUGACACACGCGCACUUACUUCAGGCACUACGCAGUCUAUUUCUACUCAGCAAGACUAGUAGUGACGGACCUGAAAUGGAUAGCCUAAUCAAAGACCCAGCAUUCUGUAUUCUCUGUCAAAACUUUAAGAAACACGCGCGAGCUCUGGACGUCAACGAAGCCAUCGAAGCGACCAAAUUCCUGUCUUAUCUCGGAGUACCCAUAGACUCUUUCAUCACACAAACAAUGUUACAGCUCAUUAGAUCACAAAUAAACAUUAUAAAUGUCCGUCAAAUCAUGUUUCUAGACUUCAUACUGUCCAAAUUUGAUGGACAGAAUCAUCUGGUUGAUGCACUAAAAUUAGCUCUACCCUUGGCUUUCCAAAUUCACUUACCAAUGGAGAUUGACAACCAAGAUUUGCAGUUGCUAAAAGAUAUGUUGUUCUACAGUUGUACUCACGAUUUGCCAGAUAGAUGCAUUAAUAACAUUAUCACGGGUCUCCUGCUACACGAUCAGGGAAUAGAUGCUCAGGUUGCCAAGUCGGUAAUCUGGUCAUUAUGUCAAGUGAACUGUACAGAAGAAAUCUUCCCCACAAGAGUGCAAUUGCUACAUAUUUGUUACGACAUAUUGACCCAGAAGUUGGAUACUUUGUCGUACCAGGACGUACUUAAGACCGCAGCGAAAAUUAAGGGAAGGAUCUUGGAGAAACAUCCGGAAUAUUACCACGAGCAACUGAUGGACGCUGUUGCCAACUAUGUGGUGAAGCAUAACGUGGAAUUCGAAAAGGGAUUGCUGAUUGCAAGAGUGCUGUCGAGGAUUGCGCACACAAAUCUCAGCCUCAUAGAAUACCUGUGCCAAAAGGCCGCUUCCAACCCUGAGAGUAUCUCCAAUGCGCGGACGAACAUCCUGUUCGGCUUCGUCAACUGCCUCGCCAACAACAACUAUGUCCCUGACCACGAAACUUGGGCCAAUUUACGAACACAAAUAUCUCUGAACCGCGUUUUAGAUGGCAAAAACUUUGCCUUGCCGUGGGCUAAAUUCUGCCUAGAACUGGCAUCGUUGGGACACUUCGAAGAUAAGCUGCUCUCCAGAGUCUUUUCUAACGAAUUCAUAGACGAAUAUCUAUCAAGAGAGAACAACAUCUUGGAUUAUUUGCAACUUUUUACGUUGCACGAAGCUGUCAAUACGUUUUACAGUCAAGAAUACAAGUUGCCUCCUUAUGUAUUGGAGAAAGCUAGGAAUUUGUAUCCAACACAUCCUUUGACGGCGCAGCUGGAGGAAAGCCUGAUCAGAGGGUUGGGUAGUCCAGAUUUUUGUUUAAGAAAUGUUAUUAUGCCUAAUGGGUUUGUUGCAGAUAUCCUCGUAUGUUUGAAGAAUGGCUACCCGAUCGAGAUACCAUUAAAAAGCAGCGACAAUAAAGUGCCUAUUGAACAAUUGGACCUACCGCACGGCAGUCUACCAUUAUGUCUUCUUAAUUUCAACCAGGGAUGUUUCUCGAUGAACAGCAAUCGCCUUCGAGGCACUUUCAGACUUGUGUUAGACAUAUUGGAGAAGCAAGGUUACGCGGCCGUGCCUAUCAACAUGAACGAGUGGUUGGCGGCGCCCGCGCAUGAGAAGACUCCUUAUUUGAUUCGCGAGGUGGGCUACAAAUGCGGCGAAAUAGGAAUCAAAUUGUCCAUCACGUGAGCGGACCGGGCAGCGGACACACCUGCGCUUAUGUAGUUCGAACAAAUUUUAGUGAAA